AUGAUUGUAACCCCGUUAACGAAAUUGCUCGGGAUUCGAGUGCCCGUUGUGCAGGGUGGGAUGCAAUGGGUCGGGGUACCUCAACUGGCCGCGGCCGUCUCCAAUGCUGGCGGUCUAGGUAUAUUGACCGCCCUGACGCAGCCAAGUACGGAUGCACUUCGACAAGCCAUCAGAGAGACGAGGAAGCUGACGUCGAAGAACUUCGGCGUGAACAUCACGUUGCUUCCGUCUAUCAAUCCGCCGGAUUACGAGGGUUACGCACGGGCCGCUCUCGAGGAGGGCGUCCGAAUAUUUGAGACUGCUGGCAAUAACCCCGGCCCUGUUGUCAAACUGCUGAAGUCGCACGGAUGCAUUGUAAUACACAAGUGUACGACGAUAAGACACGCAAAGGCUGGCGAACGACUUGGUGUAGACGUUCUGAGUAUCGAUGGUUUCGAAUGCGCCGGUCACCCAGGGGAGGACGACAUUGGAGGCCUUGUUCUGCUCGCACGUGCAGCGCAAGAACUUAGCGUACCAUAUAUCGCCUCAGGUGGGAUCGCAGAUGGUCGUGGGCUGGCUGCAGCUUUGGCACUUGGAGCAGCAGGAGCGAACAUGGGCACACGAUUUAUGUGCACAGUAGAAAGCCCAAUACACCAGAGCAUCAAGGACAGGAUCGUCGCCUCCACUGAGCUCGACACCGUGCACAUCUUUCGCACGCUACGCAAUACUGCCCGGGUCUACCGCAAUGCGGUUUCGAAGGAAGUCGUCGCACUCGAGCGGCGCCCGGGCGGCGCGAAGUUUGAGGAGCUGCGCGACCUGGUCUCUGGCCAACGUGGCCGGAAGGUGUACGAACUGGGUGAUCCUGAUUACGGCAUCUGGAGCGCAGGCAUAUCUGUUGGGCUGAUCAAGGAUUGUCCCACGUGCGAAGAGCUUCUUAUCAAUAUUGAGAAGGAGGCAGAGGAGGUAAUCGAUGGACUGGCGAAACUUCGCGUCAGAGCCAAGCUCUGAUUGAUGUUUAGUAUAUUUUACUUCAUCCAGUAUGUAUGUACACUAGCUAUUUACGACAGUUUCUGAUGAACAAAUAUC